AUGGCCGUGGUGAAUGUCGGCUGCGGCGGCGACACCCUUACAUCCGGCUCCAUCAACGUGCUGCCCUCCAACGGGCGUGUGGCCGUCACAUUGAAGGGUGCGAGCCAGAUCAACCUGUACGAGGUCUAUUGGCUUCCCUUUGGCGCACCAUUCUCAUCAGCCUACCUCAUCGGCAACAUCGCCACCGACUGCCGCGGCAACAGCAUCAGCCCCACAGCGCGCCCCAUCGCCAACGGCAGGGAGGCCCUCGCCACGCUGAACCUCGGCCCGAGGCUGUCGGCAGCCGCCCCCGCGCUCAGCAGCGGCGUCUUUUUGCUGUAUUCGCGCGGGCCCUACGGCGGCAGCGCGGUGCGCUGCAAGCCCACCACCUUCAACACAGUGGUCAGCCCCACUGACUCGUCCAGGACCAACGCAUUCGCCAACCCAGCAGUCAACCUGAACAGCUCCAUAGUGCAGUUCAUGAGCGGUUACCAGACCUGA